AUGCUUGGUUUUCUUCAGAUUGAGCCCGACGCAUGGAGUCACAUCCUAACGCCAACAAAAGCGGAGGCGGCUCACGCUACCGAAACAGACAGUCGUUAUGAGACAGAAUUGCUCCUAAUGCUUAGAGGCUCCUUUAUCGUUGUGCUUGAAGACGUCGAUGGCCGCACAGACAUGCACAAAAGCAGCAGAACAGUACACAAUGGUGAAGGGCGAACGCAAGCAUGGUUUGCCAUAGAUCUUCCAACACAGGAACAUGUGCUUUCCAUGCGUCAGCGGGUGUGGGUCGACGUCCGAGCACGAUGUCAAAUUAUGUCAGGGUGUAACGAAGACCAUCACGGAGCACCCAGUGACCAUAUCAAAGAGAAAUGUGUAAUCGAAGAGAAAUGUGUAUUCAAAGAGAAAUGUGUAUUCGAAAAACAGAUAUCGCUCUGUCUCCACUGCAAGAAACUCUACGUGAAUGCAGUGAAGGAAGGAUCUGCAGGCGAGACUUUCGCAGGAAACAGAGCACUAGCAAUAGCCGCAUGGCCAGUCUUUACUGCUGAUUUUCAUGAACCGGUAGCAAAUUCUUUUGCAGACGCUUUCUCAGACGCACAAACCUCUGAACGUCUUUUGAUGGGAUCGGGGAAUCGAGAGGACUUCAUGGACUCGUUCCUCCGCCCUCAUACCAACUCACUGAAAGACUUGUGCGACUUCGACAUGCACUGCGUGAAACCAUUUGUAGUGUCGGUUAGCUAUAAUAGCAGUAAGCUAGUAGUCUAUGUGAGAAGCGAGCAAACUCGUCGACAUCUGACCAUGCGUCAUCAAAAAACGAAGUCCGAGAGACUCGUUAACUGGAAGACGUGGUACUACUCACUCAAGUGGGAAGUCACAUGGUGGGACCUCGAUCCUCCCACUCGUCUCGCAUGCCCACAAAGACGACCUACCCAAUUUCCUGAUGCGCUCGAGAUCCGAUACGUCAUCGCAACUAGUGUUGACACCUCGGGCAUCAUAUCGCAGUAG